AUGCCGAUGAUGGCGAGUACCUUCCAGGGGCUGUUCCUCGCGAUCGUCGUUUUCGCGGCCUCCGCCUCCGCCCAGGCCCCGGGUCCUGCCCCUAGACCGGCCCCUACCAGCCCUCCUCCCCCAGCCCCCAGAGCCCCUAGCCCGGCGCCGGUGUCUACCCCCCCCACUCCUACGCCGACGACGGCUCCCCCCACUCCUACGCCGGCGACGGCUCCCGCCAGCCCGCCGCCCACCGGCGCGGCCCCAGUCACGCCGCCUACCGUCGCCCCAUCCCCCCACACCGCGCCUCCCCCUGUGGAAACCCCUGCUAGCUCUCCUCCUGCUCCUCCGCCAGCAAGCACUCAGUCUCCUGCCCCCUCCGUCGCCAGGUCGCCGGGGACUAGCGAGCCCCCGUCUCCGCCGUCCAUGGGAUCCGUCGUUCGACCGUCGAGCUGGAUCUACGUUGCGGCAUCAGCUCUUCUAGGUGUUGCCGUGUCUUACUGGAUGUAG